CAUGCUCCUGUCUCCUCUUCAGAGCCCGCCCUCAUCGCCAAAUCUUCGAUCCUAUUGGAUGUGAAGCCGUGGGAUGAUGAGACGGACAUGGCGAAACUGGAGGAGUGUGUCCGCAGUAUACAGAUGGACGGGCUCAUCUGGGGACAAUCCAAACUGGUUCCUGUGGGUUACGGCAUCAAGAAGCUGCAGAUUGGCUGCGUUGUCGAAGAUGACAAGGUGGGCACAGACCUCCUGGAGGAACACAUUACUGCCUUCGAAGAUUUCGUUCAGUCGAUGGAUGUCGCAGCGUUCAACAAGAUCUGAAACUAACAUGUUGAUAAUAAAGAGAGAAGAAAAAAAAAAGCCCUUGAGCACAAA